AUGGCUUCGAAACCACUCCAGAAUGAUACCCAAAGCCAGUCUGGUACGAGCAAACCUUGCGACGGUUCAGCCGUAAACAUAGAUAUUUUUCAUAGCGACGAAAAAGUAAAGGAUGCUUCGAUAAAUAGCUCAGCCGACGCAUCAACCCAAGUUCACAGGAAGCUCAAGCAACGCCAUAUUUCGAUGAUUGCGAUGGCGGGUACGAUUGGCACGGGAUUAUUUUUAGGAAGUGGCCAGGCGAUUCGUCAAGCAGGCCCUGUUGGUACUCUUCUCGGCUAUGUCCUGAUGGGGGCCGUCGUGUUCAGUAUGCAGGUCGCACUGGGUGAAAUGGUGACAAUGUUUCCAGUGACGGGCGCGAUUCCCCAUUAUGCCGAACGAUUCUUUGACCCUGCCAUGGGUUUUGCAGGUAUUAAAUGUUACUUCAAUUCUAGUUUCUUUUUGGCAAUCACCAUAAGUCUUAAUAUUAACAGUGCUGGUUUGAUUCCUGACCUCAAAUUCGACGAAGUCGGCGUGAACAUGUGUUUAGCGAGUCCUAUCUCACUUGCUGCCGAAAUAACCGCGGCAGCGAUUGUGGUAGAGUACUGGGAUGCUACGACGCCCUCCUGGGUUUAUAUUACAAUCUUUCUGGUGACCAUAUGUGCAAUCAACCUUACAGGCGUGAGAUGGUAUGGUGAAGCUGAAUUCGUCUUUUGUGAGUUCGAAACAUCUUCAUAA